UUCAUUCUGAUGCUUUGCAGGAUUAAGAGAUCAGUGCCAUUUCUGCAUCUUUCUAGUCCCAUCUGUCUCUCUGCUCUGAUGGCCCAAGCAUCAUGGAUUCCUUGUCUGUUCACCAGGGCUAUCUCAGGAAGUAUGGAGGAUUUCUCUUCAAACACUGGAAGGAGCGGUACCUGCACUUAACCCAUGAUGGGAGCCUUCUUGUGUCUCGAGAUCCUGCCUCUCCUCCUGAUCUGGUGGUUCCAGUACUUUCUCGAUGCCAAGCUGUGCUGGAGGGCUCUAAAAUACUGGAUCUCCCCAAGCUGCCUGUUGGGGCUCAGACAGAUAGUUGUUUGGGGUUGUCAUUGAGCGAUGGGAGAACACUGCUUCUUUUAGCCCCAGAUUCGCAGGAGUGCAGCAAAUGGAUAGAUAUACUCCGAAAAGUAAAAGAGAGCCUGCUCCAACCCCCUCUGUCACCAGGCAGCUGUAAACUCCAUCCACAAUCUCCCAUCAGAAAAUGUUGCUGGAAAGACAAGGACAGGAAGCACACCAAGGAUGAUGGAAGAACAGUGAUUUGUAAGGAGAAGUGCCCCCCUCAUUGUCUGCGUCAUGGAUCUCAGCUACACCGGGGAGUAAAGACAGCAUGCAUACUCAUGGGGGGAGCAGCAGCUGGACCAACUUUGGGUUAUAUGGUUACCUCAAGUCAUGGUUCUCAUUAUGCUGACUCCACUGCUCCCUCAGACUUCCGAGAACUGGGAUACCACCCCUCUGUAGAUGCUGAAGGCUGCCAAUAUAACAUGGAUUUUGAGGGGAUGGAUCAAGAUUAUAACUCUUUUGACUUUGGAAGCUUUGCCUUCUAAACCAUAAAUGGUGCAAGAAUUAAUAAGGCUUGCUUGAAAAAGAGGUAUGGGAAAUUGAUAGUCUUGCUUGGGCCAUAUUAGUGUGGGACAUAAGUAAUAAUAAUAUAUAGACUUUACAUUUCUGCUAAAAGUACCCUGGGGAAGGCAAACCAGUUUCCUAUAUUGGGCACAAUUCUGUUUAGCCAAAUAAGGUUAUUUAUUGAAGAACUCAUAUUUUACACCAUUCAUAAAGGAGAAGGAAAGGUAAAAACUAAGAAAGCUUUAUCAGAAAGUUCUAUGUAAAUACACCAUAAAAGCUAAC